AUGUGGCUCUACCUGGCAGGCCUUGUGGUCCUGUACCACCUUCUGCGCUGGUACCGGGAGAGGCAGGUGGUGAGCCACCUGCAAGACAAGUACGUCUUCAUCACAGGCUGUGACUCAGGCUUCGGAAACCUGCUGGCCAGACAGCUGGACAUGAGAGGCAUGAGGGUGCUGGCUGCAUGUCUGACAGAAAAAGGGGCCGAGCAGCUGAGAAAUCAGACAUCAGGCAGACUGGAGACGGUGAUACUGGAUGUCACCAAGACAGAGAGCAUUGUUGCAGCCACCCAGUGGGUGAAGGAGCGUGUGGGGAACAAAGGACUCUGGGGCCUGGUGAACAAUGCUGGCAUCUGCAGUCCUACUGGUCCCAAUUUAUGGCUGAACAAAGAGGACUUCGCAAAAAUCCUCAAUGUGAACCUAUUGGGGAUGAUCGAAGUGACUCUGAACAUGAUACCCGCGGUGAGGAAGGCGAGGGGCCGUGUGGUCAAUGUCUCCAGCGUCAUGGGUCGGGUAGCAUUUUUUGGUGGUGGCUAUUGCAUCUCCAAGUGUGGUGUGCAGAUCUUCUCGGACUCUCUCAGGAGGGAGCUCUCCUAUUUUGGGGUGAAGGUGGCUAUUAUUGAGCCUGGCUACUUCAAAACUGCCAUGACCAAAGGUGAUAGUUGGGUUCUAUACUUCAAGGAGCAAUGGGGCAAGACCAGCACGGAGGUUAAGGAGAUCUAUGGCGAGAACUUCCUGGCAUCCUACCUGAAAAUUGUUGCAGCAUUGGACCAACAUUGCAGUGAGGACCUGUUCUUAGUAACAGACUGCAUGGAGCAUGCGUUGAUUUCCUGUCACCCCGCACAAGAAUAAAGGUUGAAAAGUUCACCUGUGCCCAGUGAUUUGAAUGUGACCUGGAGGAGCACUCCCAGUGUGGGCCACGGGGAGGAAGAGUAAGG